UAUUUUCUGAAAUGAUAUAAUAAUUUUAAUUUUUUUAUUAUAAUUUGAAUAAUUUUCGUAAAUUUAAUUUUUUACCAUCAUCAUUAUCUUCUUCCAUUUCUGUUUUUUCUUCAAUGGCUUCAGUAUAUGAUUUAAUACAUUUAAUCAGAUACACAUAUAUAUUCAAAAAUACAUAUUUGGAAUUGUGAAAUGUAUGUACGGAAAUAUUGAAUCAAAUAUGUUUAACAUUAAUCCAUCUAAAUCAUCUUUAUUGGACACAAGUGAAAAUAAUGUUAUAAGUGAUAUGGAUUUGGAUAAAAUAGCUCUUCAUCUCAUUACUCAACAAAGAUUUAGAGAAAAUAUUAUAAUUCCAAGAACUGUAGGUCCGGUACGAAUUAAAACUAAUGAAGAAAAAUUAGUAGAAAGUGCAAUGGAAAGUUGUAUUUUUAAAAGUAUCGCAAGUUGUGUUAUAGGAUAUGGCUUGGGAGCUGCUAUAGGUUUAUUUUCAUCUAGUGUGAAUUCAAAUGUGGCCACUGUUGAAAAACAACAAACUGUUCGUGAAGUAUUUAGAGAAAUGAAAAUUACAACAUUGGGUUAUGCAAAAAAUUUUGCAGUAGUUGGUUGUGUAUAUUCAGCUAUUGAAUGUGCAAUAGAAUCGUAUAGAGGAAAAACUGAUUGGAAGAAUGGUACAUAUGCUGGUGGUUUAACAGGUGGAAUAAUAGGAUUAAGAGCUGGUAUAAAAGCAGGUUUAAUUGGAGCAGCAGGUUUUGCAGCUUUUUCAACAGUAAUAGAUUAUUAUAUGCAUAAAUCUUAAACAAUGUCACAUAUUAUUAUAGACAUAUAUUUAUAAAAAAAAAAUAUAAAACACACUCUGAGUAUACCUGUACAAUACGUAUAAAAGCAUAAGAAUAUUCUUAAUAUAAAAAUGCAUAUAUAUAAGUACAAUAGUUAAGAAAUAAAAUAAAAUUCAUGUAAUAUA